UAUCUGCAGAGCUUCCUUCGAUCACGAUGGCUCCAAUCCCGGCGUCCAGCAGAUUGGAUGCGAAUGGUGUGCGCAGUGGGGUGUAGGAACAGUGCCCCGCAAGUCUCUCUCCGAAUCCCGGAUACUUCACUUGAUCAUACCUAAGAUACCUUACCUCACUUCCAACAUGUGCUGGGUGUCCAUGCCAUCGACCAUGAAGCAAGCUUGUUGAUGGUAAGCUCAGAUAUAUUUUUCAAGACUGAAGACCGGCGUGCCGGGACGGGAUGCAAUGGAAGACCGGAGCCAACUGCCGGAUCAUCUCACUCCGGAGUCUACGCCCAUCCAGGAUAUACAGACGGGCCGACCGGCGGCUGGCAGGGCUCGGCACCCACACCAGAGCGCCCUGGCCGCCUCCCCUCCAACGGCCGGGAACAACCGGUGGGUGAUUUGGUUAGCGGUUCGGCUUCGGAUCAAGAGGUGUCGCUGCCAGGGACAGUUCAAAAACACACAACGCACGAGAGAACAAGCACGAAAUGCCUGGGGUGAUUUGGAGACCUGGCUUAUUAUUAUCUUCCCGCUCAGCCAAACGCAAACCGCCCACCGAGGCCAAUUCAUUUGAGAUAGACUGCGGGGCCAGUCAUCCUCCCGGUCGCCGUCAUCCACCAUCACGGACUGCCCUGAUGCUGCUUGGCUUAGACACCGAAGCUGCUGCUGCCAAUGAGCGCCUCACCCCGGACACAGCAAAAGCGCACCGCACACACGUGCAUAACAUGCCGUGCCCGCAAGGUCCGAUGUGAUGGUCGGAAGGGAACCUGUACCAACUGCGAGCGACUUGGUUUUGGUUGUUCCUAUGACGAACACACGGGCGUGGAGGUGGUCCAGACCGAUGCCGCCGUGUCUCGCAUCGCGAUACCUCGCCGCCGAGUUCGCCGCGCCUGCCAGAACUGCCAUGAGAAGAAGGCUCGCUGCAGUGGUUCGACUCCGAGCUGUGACCGGUGCACCGCUCAAGGCCUCCAUUGUGUCUAUCUCCCUGGAAAGCGCUCACUUCCCCUGGCCAGCCCUGCCACAGCAUCAGCAGCCUCAGCAACAUCCGCACCACCUGCGACGGCCCAUCCGCCAGACUCACCAUCCUAUGAUGACGGCCACUCGGGACGCAGCGCUUUUGCGAGCGGUACUGCAAGCCCUGCGCCGGCGUCUGCUACGCGAGCCGAACCCGAGGAGGACCUCGUGCUGCGCGCUUUUGACGCCUUCUUUCGUCAUGUACACCAUAUCCCCAAGUUCUCCUUCUUGCAUCGGGCAUCGCUGAUGGAGCGUUACCACGCCGGGUCCCUCGACAGGUCUCUUGUGCUUGCUCUCAUUGCCAUCACCGCUUUGCUGACUGACCUGGGUCCGGGUAUGGGCGAGUAUGGAAGCCAGUGUAUGGAAGAGGCCGUGUCACUGUGCUUGGCGGGAUUGGAGAAGCCAUCGAUUGUCCGUCUGCAGGCGCUGGUGAUUGCCGUUGAGCAUCGCAUCUUCUCGAGGAGGUUUUCGGGUGCUUUUAUGCUGCAUGCACUCGCCAGCCGCUUUGCCACGGCUCUUCGACUCAACUACGAAAACCCAGAGCUCUGUUUUUUGGCGCGAGAGUCUCGUCGUCGACUUAUGUGGUCUCUGUACAUGAUCGAUUCGUCCAUCUCCGCAGGGCAGCGUGAUGUUGCUUUGUGGCCCGAUGCCGAGCGCCAAAUCCACGUUCACCUGCCCUGCAACGAAAGGAACUUCGAGUUUGACCUUCCAGAAGCCACUGAGUCCCUGAGGCCGCCACCACCAGAGCCCGGCAUUGGAACCGCGCCAAUGCCGGAUGCUCUCGGAUUUAUGGCCCUUCAUGUGCGUAUCCAGUGGAUGCGUGCAAGGAUAUUGCAGUGUACCUCUCAGGCCGCCUCAUCGUGGUCUCAACAGGAUCUGACCACUCUCCCAUUGCGAUGCGCCGAGCUGUUGGCCGAGCUGGAAGGCUUCGAGGAACGAUUGCCGCCGUCGUUCAAAUGGUCCGAGGGGAACCUGCGUCUGCGAACCUAUUCACCAAGGCUGGGUAUUUUUGUCAUGACACACGUUUGGUGGCGACAGUGCCAUCUCGAUCUGUACCGCCUCUUUCUGGAAGGACUGCGCGAGGCGCUCCCUCGGCCGAUGCUCCAGCAGCUGGAUCCUAAUCUUGUUGCCCGCAGCCGUCAGGGUUGCUAUAAUCACGCAAGGGCCAUGGCUGACAUGUUUGCGCAGCUCCUGACCCUGGGCAGCAGCGUCCCUGUCACUGACUUGGAUCUGCCGGGCUGCGCUUAUCAAUGCACGAGGGCUCUGUAUCAUGGGCUUCAAACCGGUACAGGUGACUUGGCAUUUACCCUAGAACGAGUUCAAGAGCUCUCUGCUGUUUGCUUAAGGGCCGCCCAGCAAUCUACCACUGGGCCGGCCGCUGCGAGUAUUCAAGCGGAUAUCGAACGGAUAAUCACCCACGGUUUAAAGCUCCCUGAAGGCGCGCCCGAUUCACCGACUCGUAACUCCAGUGACCCUGCGCCUGUCAUCAAAUCUGCCAUCGACACCAGGCUUGCUGGCCACGCACAGCUCACACCGGAUCCAGCAGCCUUGUACACGUUCCAGCCAUCUGUACCAGCUACAUCGGCUCCAUCAAUAGCCUUGCCAAGCCUUGCCGUCACAGAACCACCAAUACCGGCGCCUGUGGCACCUUCACACGCGAGCGGCGUGACAACGGGGAGUAAUGCGUUUGAGGAGGUGUUGAGCGGUUUCACUUUUGGGCCGGAGCUGUACGGCAUGGACUGGUCCACAUUCCCUACUGGAUGGCCCAACCAGCAGUUUACAGGGUCGAACAUGUGA